GGCAGCUGGAUGUAGGAGCCUCUCUUCUUUAAACUGGGGAUCAAAAUUGGAAUGGUAAACACUAGCUGGGUUCUCUAUUGUGCGUAAAGAGCUCCGCAUCAUGUCCAACAAUGUGUUGAUUAAAACCCUAGAGGGCCUGUGCCUGGAUUCGGGUUAUAUGGCGGAGGAGAACUGCCCGUCACUCAGCCUGUCCUCGGGCAGGUCGGGGCACUCGCAGCCAAAUUUGAACACACCUCACCGGGGUCCUUGCUGGCAGCACGCCGGCUCCCUGUACAGCAGAAACGGUAGCUGGGACACUGUGAGCACGCUGCCGGAGGACGUGAUAGAUAUCCUAACGAAAUGCCCCUUUCUGCCCGAGCUGGAGGAGUAUCCCUGGAUCGAACAGGAGCUGCUGGAAGUUGUGCGUAAAGUUGCCGGCACGCGUGCGUCAUACACGAGGGAAGCGGUCCUCCGGCUCUCUGUCCUGCUCCGGAGAGCUUUGGUGCGCAUCUCCCGGGAGGCUCAGCGGCUGAGUGAGCUGCACAGGCGGUGCACACGGCUGGAAGUGCAGAGCGCAGUGAGGCUGGUGUUGAGUUGGGGUCUCGCAGAGAAGUGCAUCUCAUCUGCUGUGAAGGCGGUGUCCCUGUACUGCAUGAACUCAGGCAACACCGCGCGUCAGCGCGGCAAGUCCUCGCGCUGCGGCCUCACGCUCUCCGUGGGCCGUUUCUUUAGGUGGAUGGUGGAGACGCGGGUGUCGGUUCGUGUGCACGAGUACGCUGCAGUGUGCCUAACAGCCUGUGUCGAAACUUUGGCAGAGGAAGUGGCAGGACGUGGGCUGCAGGCGGCGAGGCUGACCGCGGAAGAGGAGGGAGGGCAUAACGACGGGGUCAUCUGCGGUCCGGUGACCACCGAGCUGCUGGAUGGAGCUGUGAGCAACGACGCAGAGCUGUGGGGGCUGCUGCAGGUCUACGAGCAUCUCAUAUGUGGCAAAAAUGCCAGUGAGCUGUCACUCCCAGCCCACAUCAGCCCAUACACAGAGAGCAGGGAAGAUGCCUACAUCCAGCUGGAGCUGCGGAUGUUGGAGCAGGCGCUCCUUGCCACCUGCGUCGGCAGCAUUGGAGAGCUGAGUGAUCUGGUGUGUCGAGCAAUGCACCACAUGCAGCGUCUAAGAAGUUCGAGUCCCUCCAUCAGCCACUCUUCUUCAGCCAAUCAAAUGCCAGUAUCCUGGGCUCCAGAUGCCCUCCGCACACUCUACUACUUCCUGUCCAGCCCACAGAUGGAAUCACUGGAGAAUCCCAACCUUGACCCUCCAACCAUGACACUGAGCAGAGAGAGGCCAUUCUUGCUCCUCCCUCCUCUCAUGGAGUGGAUCCGUGUUGCCGUGGUGCACAUGUACGCCUCAGCAGCAGGAGAUGAGGCACUAGUGCAGAUGCUCAUUGAAGCCGGAGCUCACCUGGACAUGCAGGUCCCUGGCAGCUCUGCCAGACAUCCGUCUGUUUACCCAGGCAGUCGGCACUGGGUGGCCUUAACAUUUGCUGUACUUCACAGUCACCUGUCCGUGGCUCAGCUGCUUUUGGAGGCCGGUGCAGACGUGGAGGGUGGAGCCUUGCUGGACAGUCAGGAGAGCUCCGCUGAGACACCGCUACAGCUAGCUGCUGCAGCAGGUUACUACGACAUGGUUAGCCUGCUGCUCGCUCACGGAGCAGACCCUCUGAUCAAAGUGCAUCAUGGGAAUUCACCGCUGUAUGAAGACAUGAACUGCUUUAGCUAUGCAGCAGCACAUGGGCACAGAAACAUCCUCAGGAGGCUUCUGCAGCAGCCACAGCACAGGAAGGAGGACAUCCUCUCUCUGGAAGAGAUCCUGGCUGAAGGAGUGGAGGAUGAGGAGGAAGAGGAACUAAAAAUUUCAACACAGCCUCUAGCUCCUGACUCCCCAAGCAUUAUUCCGAGUUUGUGUAAGAACAGGAUGAAGGCCCUGCAGCAGGCAGCCUACUACAGCGCGGAGCACGGCUACCUGGACGUCACCAUGGAGCUCAGAGACAUGGGUGUCCCCUGGAGGCUGCACAUCUGGUUAGAGUCUCUGCUCAGAGCCCAACAGCUGUGUAGGGACGAUGUCAUCAUCUCCCUCCUCACAGAGUUCACCUCUAUCAGGACGGAGGACUACAGCCCCGGGCUUCUCUCCACGGGCAUCCCGCUCAUGUUCAGCAUGUUGGAGACCACCAAGGACUACGUGGUAACAAAGCGUCUGGCGACUGUCUUUUCUCUCUGCUACGGCUCGUCUCCCGUUCCUCCGGUCCCACCUUUGGACGUCACUCUGUCCACACAGCUGGAUACUCAUUUUCUGAACAACAAAGAGAUGUCAGACGUGACAUUCAUGGUGGACGGGCGCCCAUUCUUUGCACACCGAGUGCUGCUGAUGUCUGCGUCAGACAGCUUUCUGUUGCCAGUGGCCACUUUCUACCAGCUCCGAGGUCUGCAAAGACGCUGUGAAAUGUCACUGUCGCAAAGCCUUACUCUGGACAAUGCUGUCAGCAUCUACAAGGCUGCUAAGCACCAUGGAGGAGCUGAACUCUGCAGGUUUUGUGAAGGAUUCUUCCUGCAGAACAUGGAUCAGCUCCUGGACAGGGAGGACUUCCACAGCCUGCUGCUAGGAGGUCUCAGUCAAGAGCUGCUAUACCCAGACGUACGCUGGGAACCAGGGACUUUCCCCCCCGCUUUCGAUGGAUAUUCUUCCCCUCGUACGCCACCUGACUUUUGCCCCCCUACAGAAAAAAACGACCUAGGAGACAGGGACUGGUCUACCUUUAGGCUGAUUCGCCAUGUCGGCCAGCAUGCCCACUUGGUCUACCUGCUCGGUGUUGGAUGCAGACCUCCAGAGGUGGCGUGA